AUGCCCAGUGCCCGGGCAUCGUCGUUUUGUGCUGUUGUUGGCAUUAAUAUACCUCAGGAGAUCAAGGCGCACGUGUCGGCGGCGCACGGCGAGCAGCUCCUGUUCCCUUGCCCCGCUUGCGACGACGCCUUCGGAUCGUACGCGCUGCUGUUCACGCACUACGUGGAGCGCCACGACCUGCGCCCCUACGCCCGGGAGGAGGCCAUGCUGGAGUCCGAGAAGCACAAGUGCGGCCUCUGCGGCAAGGCUUUCGUGACCAAGCACGUGCGCGACGUGCACGUGAGGAACGUGCACGAGAAGGCGAACGAGACGCGGUGCCCGGCGUGCGGCGACUCGUUCUGCAACCGGCAGAGCAUGGAGAUGCACAUGCGGAGGCUGCACAUGGGCGAGGCGGGGCGCUCGCUGCUGUGCGACGCGUGCGGCAAGGGCUUCGUCAUCGCCAGCGAGCUGCGCAAGCACGUCGAGCACGUCCACCUGAAGGUGCGCCGCCAGGAGGCCAUGUGCGAGGUGUGCGGCAAGGCCAUGUCGUGCGCGGCGGCCCUCAAGGUGCACAUGAAUGUCAUGCACACGCAGGAGAAGACGUUCCCGUGCCUGGACUGCAAGAUGGUGUUCCACGCGCUGGCCAGCCUCACGUGCCACCGCAGGCGCAUGCACCCGGCAGAGGGCGAGCGCACCAACACCUGCGGCGUCUGCGGCAAGAACUACCACUUCCCGUCGGAGCUGCGGCGCCACGUGCGGAUCGUGCACGAGAACGAGCGCAGCUUCGUGUGCGACGUGUGCGGCAAGGCGUUCAAGGUGAGCUCGCAGCUGGUAUACCACCGCCGCCGCCACACGGGGGAGACGCCCCACGAGUGCGCCCACUGCGGAAAGCUCUUCCACAGCCCCACCAGCAUCGGCAACCACAUGCGGAAGGUGCACAAGGCCCCCUACAUGGGCGUCAAGCAGAGGAGGAAGAUGAGCGUCAUUAAAGAUCUGAUGUUGAAUUUUACACUUGUCUUCGCCUUCGACGGAGGCGGAUUUGAUUUCCAUUCGAUUUCAGUAGCGGGAAACUUAACACUUCAACAAUUUCUGACCAUCAUCGCCCCGAAACAAUAUCUUUACGCGAAUUUAUCUCAUGGAGUUCCUGACAGUCCCAUAGCAUCGGUUAAGGUGAACCUGUGUCCCUGUCACGCCCACCUGAGGGCGAGAUGA